AUAUAUCAAGUAAACGUCCCCAUAAAAUAAGUGAAUUCAUAUAUAAAAAAGUAAACAAUACAGUAAUUAUUUAUAUAGAAACCGAAAGUACAAAAUGCAAACCAGUUGACUGUAAAGUCGGAUUUGUUUAAAAUUGUACAUCAGUGGGCAUUUUUUAUUAAAAAGUGUUGUUAGACAUAUUUUAAACCAUAAUUGUACCGAAACACCUAAUGUUCCUUUGUAUGUUAAAUAUAUACAUUCGUUUUACAUUACACUAUGGUUCUGUUUACAUGUAGAACGACUUUCAAUCCGAUAGCCGAGGACGUUCCGAUUGUGUUUAAAACAGCUAUCGAUUUACAAAUGAAAAUUAAAUUUUGAUUUAUAAAGCAUCUUAGGAUUAUAAUGGCUGGAAUUCAAGAGGGAAACGUGGUGCCUCAGAAUGAGAGAUUGUUUGAAUCGAGGAGUAAUCCACAGAUUCCGAACAAUGUUGGAGGUUUUGUAUACAAACUUGAUGACAAAAAGCGUUUACGCAGAUUUCUUAUCAUUGGGUCUGAUCGCACAUGUUACGCUAUGAAAAAGGAGCUAGAAAUUGAAAACAAAAACACGAUUAAAAGACUGAUACGAGAAAAUAACGGGGCGGAAGUUGUCAAAACAAUCAAGGAUAUCAGCAAAAGUAGGCGAAAUGUACGUCAAGAUGCUCUCUUGUUCGCAUUCGCCGUUUGUGCGAGGUCAAACGACACGAGUACUAAACGUGCAGCAUAUGCAGCACUGUCUGAUGUCUGUCGAAUACCAACACAUCUUUUUAUGUUUAUUAACUACUGCGAGGAAGUGAGCAGCGAGGAACCGUCAGACACUACAGAAGAAAGAGAAGCCGGAACCACCGGAUGGGGAAGGGCACAUAAGCGAGCAAUACAAUCCUGGUAUACAAAGUUUGAGCAGAAUCCUGAAAUACUAACUCGCCUUAUAAGAAAAUACGGUAAAGGCUACAAAUGGAAACAUAAAGAUGUCAUUAGGUUGUGCCAUGCAAAAACGGAUGAUAAUGUUAUGAAGUUCAUAUUCAGCUACAUUAUCAAAGGGUACCAGAAAUCUAUGACAGAGUUUAGGCAAAUCUUUUCCGAAGCCUCAAAUGAAGAAAAAGCUAAGCUGACAAAUAUACGCGAUUUGAUAAAAGUUUAUGAUGAUGCCUCUCGGUGUCAAAAUGUUCAACAACUCUGCCAUAUGAUUAGAGAGCAUAAACUUGCAUGGGAGCACUGCAACCAAACGCACAUUAAAAACAGAGAUGUAUGGCAUAGUCUCCUUCCUCAAUAUGCCUAUAAAGAGGCUUUUAGACAUAGUGAAAGACGUGACAGUCAAUGGACACCGAAUCAAAAGGUAGUAGACGCAUUAGAAGAGGCAUUUUACAAAGCGUAUUCUGUUAUUGAAAGAACCAAUAAAACAUUCUACUUAGCAGUCAAUACCAGUGUUUCAACAAAGACUUGUAUGUAUGAUAGUAGUAUAACACAUUCGAUGGCUGCUGCUGCAAUGCUGAUGUUGUUUGCAAGAACGGAGGAUAACUGUAUUAUAAAAUCAUUUGGUGGUGAAAGGGUUGAAGACCUUGGUAUUUUGGAACGGACAAGUUUGAACACUGGAACAAAAAAUUAA